AUGGCCCACUCAGCCCAACCCUGUUGCCUUCCAGCAACCAAUGCAUGCGCCCCUCCUCUCCUCUCGCUCCUCUCCUCUCGCCCCUCCCCUUGCACCUCCAGGCGGGCCGGUCUGAAUGGCUUCACUGGCUCUAUCCCCUCCACCAUCUCCGCCCUCACCGCCCUCACCACCUUGUAUGCCUCCCCUUCCCAUCCUCUUCCUUACUCUCUCCCGUUCCCAUCCUCUCUCCUCUUCCUUCCUCUCUCCCAUUCCCAUCCUCUUUCCCCUUUUUGUCCUCUUCCCCUUCCCAUCCUCGCUCCCCUUCCCAUCCUCUCUCCCCUUUUUGUCCUCGCUCCGCUUCCCAUCCUCUCUCCCCUUCCCAUCCUCUCUCCCCUUCCCAUCCUCUCUCCCCUUCCUAUCCUCUCUCCCCUUCCCAUCCUCUCUCCCCUUCCCAUCCUCUCUCCCCUUACUUCUUCUCUCCCCUUCCUUCCUCUCCUUCCCCGUCCUUUCUUGGAAACCUCAUUAGAAAUGCAGUGGAAGCAUUCACGCCCCUACCUCACUGUGCAUGCCUCCACAUAUCCCCCACAUCCCCUUCCCUCCACAUCCCCUCCCCUCCACAUCCCCUCUCAACCACAUCCCCUCACCUUCAUAUCCCCUCACCUUCAUAUUCCCUCCCCUCCACAUCCCCUCGCCUCCACAUCCUCUCUCCACCACAUCCCCCCACCUCCACAUCCCCCCCCCACCACUCGCCUAGCCUACACAUCCCCUCGCCUCCACAUCCCCUUGCAUCUGCCUGCCCUCAUUGCGUGCAGAGACCUCUCCUGGAAUCAACUCACCUCCAUGCCUUAUGCCAUCAAUGCUGACGUGUAA